ACGAGAAAAAAAAAAAUACAAAAAAAAAAAGAAAAAAAAAAAACACAAAAGAAAUUUUUGUGGGAAAAAAAAACAGAGGAAACGGAAAAGGAGAUCUUCGAUCGAUGGGGAAGCUGAUAUGCGACUCGACGGCGUCGUCUCCGGUGGUCCCCUGGCGCGACCCGACGGCAACGCCGUCGUCGGAUCUCGCCGAUGCGGCGGUGCAGAAUCCGCCGGCGGGGGCGGCGGCGGCGUGGGAAAGUGUGCCUGGAUUGGAAGAUCAGCAGAAGAGGCAUUUGACGCGUCUGUACAACAAAGGAGUGCUGUGGAAGCAUCCGGAGGACAAGAGCUUGAGCGUCGUGUUCAGGCUGAUGCACGGCGGAGAGGUCGAGGCGGACGGGAAUUGCCUCUUCACGGCGGCGCGUAAGUCGAUGGCGUUGGAGGCGGCGGCGCGUGAGUUGAGGAAGAGGACGGUGAGGAGAUUUGUUGAGGAUCUCGAAUCCUUGGACGAGGAGACGAGUAAAUUUAUCGAAUCGGCGAUUAGGCAUAUGUACUCGCCAGAUCUGAAGUGCGGUUGGGGAAUCCAUGUCGUCCAGGAGGUUAAGCUUCUAGCGAAGAAGCAAGAUCGUGCGGUUUUGGACUCCGCCAUUGAUGAACUCGUCCAGCUCGGAAUGCAACGGGAAAUGGCUGCGGAGUCCAUAUACAAAGAAAGAUGCAUAUCCGUGGAAGACGGCCCUAGCUGGGCCAAGUACAUGUCGAUCUCGGGCUCGUCCGACGACGAAUACGAUAUCAUCAACAUGCAGUACACCGAGGAAGGCUUAUUGACUAUAGACGAGAACAGGGAUGGACGAGCUGCUGCGUUUGGUGACGAUAUCGCAAUCGAGUGCCUCGCCACAGAAUUCAAAAGGGAGAUUUUCGUGUUACAAGCUCACGGAUCCGAUGCCAUGGUCGACGAAGACAAUUGUGUCUUCUUCUUACCUCAUCGCCCGAGAAGCGAAAUUUGCGGACCUCCGUUCUUCCUAUUCAUGAAAGGAACCGGAUGGUGUGGGGCGGGCGCGGAUCAUUACGAGCCACUCAUUGCGCACGGCUCGCCGGCUGUUUCGCAAGACAAAGUUGCGCUGGUACUUUAAACUAUUCUUCGAUUUCUUCCUUCCCUAUUUAAUCGUCUGCAGCAAUUAAUAGUCCAUUCGAAAAGUUUUCCCCGAGAGUUCCCCCCCUCCCUCCCCCGGCAGAAUUCGCGCGAUUAAUUUUUCAAAAAAAUUCUGUAGGAUUUGUAGUCGUCGUCUUUGUCAGUCAUUGUUCGAUUAGCGAAAUUCACAAUUGUUGUUGUGAUCGAGAGUUUCAGCAGCAGCGGCAAGCAGACCGAUCUGCAUUGCUGCUGCUGCAGUGUGGGAUGAGUAGGCCGCGCCGCGGCUUUUUUUUUUUCUUUUUUUAAGCCCGGCGAUUAAUUACGAUCGCCGGGCCGGUUUUCUUGUGUAAUUUUUUUUUUAAAUUUUAAUUUUAAAUUUUUUUUUUGGGUGAGAUUUUCGAUAGGGAGAGAGUCGUAGUAGAUGGUGUUUUUUGGCAUUUUUGUUGUAUGGGAGAUUUUUUGGAGGAUGAAGUCUUUUUGUUUUUUAACAUUUUUUAAAUUUUCCCUGUUUAUUAAUGUCUCUAUGGCUCCUUGUGUUCAUUUUUCAUUUUAAUUUAAUUG